GCACAAACACCCUGAUGCAGAUGAGGGUUGGAAGAAGCACAAAAGCUGAUCCAAAAGCUAAAAGUUUAAAAGCCUAAAAUUAAUGAAAGGCUGAUCCUCAAACCGAAAGAAAGAAAACCCCUUUUUUCCUUCCCUCGUCCUCCUCAUGUUCUAGCUUCCUUGCCCUACCUUUCUCUUUUCUCUCCCCCAAUCUCCAUAAUUACUUCUUUUAUAUCAGUUCAAGACAGAUUUCCAUCUAAAUCGCACCAAAACCAAGAUUAGAAUAAACCUUAACCAUGUCAACCAAUCCCUCUUGUUCCCCAGUCCCCCCUUCUGAGCCAUUUUCUUGCAUAGAGAAUGGUAAUAGCAAUAAAAGGAAAAGACGACCAGCAGGAACACCAGAUCCAGAUGCGGAGGUGGUUUCACUCUCUCCGAAGACACUACUAGAAUCAGAUCGUUAUGUUUGUGAGAUCUGCAACCAAGGAUUUCAAAGGGACCAAAACCUGCAGAUGCACAGAAGGCGGCACAAGGUGCCUUGGAAGUUACUUAAGAGGGAGACGCCGGUGGUGAGGAAGCGCGUGUUCGUGUGUCCGGAACCAAGCUGCUUGCACCAUGAUCCCUGCCACGCACUAGGCGAUUUGGUAGGGAUCAAGAAGCAUUUCAGGAGAAAACAUAGCAACCAUAAACAAUGGGUCUGUGAAAAAUGCUCCAAAGGUUACGCAGUUCAGUCUGAUUAUAAGGCCCAUCUUAAGACCUGUGGCACCAGAGGACAUUCUUGUGACUGCGGUCGAGUUUUCUCCAGGGUUGAGAGUUUCAUUGAACAUCAAGAUGCUUGCCAUAUGGGGCGCAUUCGGCCGGAAUCUCAAGGGCUGCAGCCGGCAGUUUGCUUGUCCCGAACAGCUUCGAGUCCGAGUCCCUCUAGUGAUACCAAUUUCAGCACAGUUCCUUGGCCUGGUUUGAUGCUGCAGGCCAUGCCAAGUACAGAACGUGUGCUGUUUAGUCCUACAAAAAAUAAUUCUCCCAAAAACGUGCAUUACCACAAUUUGGAGCUUCAACUCUUAACCACAACAAAACCGGAUAAUUCUCCAAGGAAGGAUGAAAUGGAGCACGAUUAUAAUCAUUGUACUCAGUUACAUCUCUCCAUUGGAUCAUCUGAUUAUAGUGAGAGUAGUAAAGAGAGUACUGACAAGCCAGCCAGGCUCAAAGAAGCAGCACGCGAGCAGUUGAAGUUGGCCAUGGCGGAGAAAGGUUAUGCUGAGGAGGCAAGACAGGAAGCCAGGAGGCAGAUUGAGUUAGCUGAGCAAGAGUUUGCAAAUGCAAAGAGGAUUAGGCAACAAGCACAAGCUGAAGUCAAUAAGGCUAGAGCCCUGAAAGAUGAGGCAAUAAAGCAAAUCAAUUCUAUCCUCCGGGAAAUCACCUGCCAUGCUUGCAAGCAGCGGUUUCAGGCUCCAACACCUCCCUAUGAUAACUCCCUUGUUUCGAGUUCCAAAAGCAAAUCAAGUGUGUGUUUUGAUUAUUAAUAUUUCUCUAAGGAAUGAGUAGUAUUGGAGUGUUAUGCCCUGCAAUUGCAAUUCUUGUGAUGUAAUUUGCUCAUUAUUUUUACUAAUUACAAGUUUGAUGUAUAUUCCAUCUUUUCUCUUUUAAGUUACUUUUUGGGUUGGUUACAAAUCAGAAAUAAUCAUAUAAUCAAAGAGUUAUUUACAU